AUGACAAAGUUGACAAAGGCACCCCCGCCAGCCUAUCCGGCCAAAUCGAAUACUCCGGGCUCCCUUGCGACCGCUGUGCCAUAUGAGAGUCUGCGACAACAGGCGCAGCCACCCGUGCCAGUCACAACAGCUGUGCUACCCAGUUCAUACAACGAUCCGUUGCCUGACACAAACCCUUUCUCCCCAAAUUUCAGACCCGACUCAAUUUCCAACAAUGCACAAGUCCCUCCUCUCUCCCCAGUUUCGCUUGUCGCUGGAUCACCGCCUCUAAGACGGCUAUCAGAAGCGCCAGUCCAGGCACCCAAGCCGCAGAGACCUGCUGAGCUGAGAAAGUCUGUCAAUCUGCGACGGCUCGAUGGAACGCCAUAUGAAAGUGCACAGGGAGGUCCAGAGAAGGAGAAACCAAAGACAGUCAAGGUAGCGAAGGAUAUGCAUGACGGUGCGCUUCCACCGGUGUACAAACCUCAGGCGACAGAUGCGAUCAUUUCUACUGGAGGCACGACAUCUGCAGCAGAGGCGCAGACAUGUGCCAAGUGUGGGAAGAAAGCCGGCACUCAUGGGACUGGUCACAGCUGCAACCACUGCGAUAAGCGCAGGACCACGGGACGGGCAUCCACUACUUCCACUACGGCUCCUGCCCCGGUGCACGCACCUUCAACACACGCCCGGGCGUUUUCUGAAUCACAGACUUCUCACAGCUCAUCCCGCAUGUCAGAGCAAAGCACAGCAGGUCCUUCAAGCUCACCCACCUCCUCGACCCAUACAAGAUGUUGCACAAAGUGUGGACGAUACAAGCGGCCAAGUUCCGAAGCCAAUCCAUUCGACCAGGGCCGUCCCAAUGGAAGCGGCCCUGCCAGGGCUCCAGUUCCAAUGGCAGCCCAUCCAGCGAUGAGACCCAGCCUCACCAUCCAGCCAAAUGCGCCUGCCAACAACGCGGUUUACCCGAAGAUCGACGUGAUCCCACCGUCCGCAGCCACGUCGAGAGCUGUCAAUUCGCCUUUCUCAGUUUACGGGGACGACUCGCCUCUUGUUGGCCAGGCCAAGAAAGCAGAGUUUCGACUCUUCCGCAACUCGUCGCUCGUACGCUCCUUGUCCCGCCGACUGAGCAAAAAGGACAAGAAUGUUGCCGCUCCAGCACCUCUCCCCAGCCAGCAACUUGCACGACAAAGUGGCGAGCAGUCUGCUGGUAACCUGAUCAACAUGAUCAGCAAUGCGAUGCAAGGGCCCGUGCACGAGCGGGACGGCCAGUACUCGAAACUGGCUGUCGACCGCCCCGAGACGCCUUUCUCUUUCGUUGGCGGGAAAGACGAGGCCGAUGGCUUUGAAAUGGUUAACAUCCGCGGCGACCGUGCUUCAGUCUCAAGCCAUGACAGCUGGUCCAAAGAACCCAUUGCGCCACAAAUCAGUGUCACGCACUCGGACAGCGACAUGUACGCUGGUAUCCCCCAGGACCAUAUCGAUGUCGCUCCCCGGCCCAGAUCGACGGGCCCUCAGCGCUUGGCAGUGGAUGAUGUGAGUCGGCCACCAAUCACUCGAUUCAAGAGCUUGAGAGUGGGUGUUCAAAGGAUGGGCAGUGGUGUCAGCCGGUCUACCAGCUUGAAGAGGCUUGGUAGCUUGAAGACGGUUCACCAUGCUUGGUACGUAGAAGGGUCGGAUGGUAACAACGAGAAUAUCAUUCCUGCUUUCUAA